GGGUUCUCCUGCCGGAAGUCAGCCCUAACCCUGGGCCGCACAACUGCAGGCCGAGCCGGAGCCGCACAGUUACAGCGGGGACCCGGGCCUCUGGGGUCCGGACAGGGGUCGCCAUGAUCCGCUUCAUCCUCAUCCAGAACCGGGCAGGCAAGACGCGCCUGGCCAAGUGGUACAUGCAGUUCGAUGAUGAUGAGAAGCAGAAGCUGAUUGAGGAAGUGCACGCUGUGGUCACCGUGAGGGAUGCCAAGCACACCAACUUCGUAGAGUUCCGGAACUUCAAGAUCAUCUACCGACGCUACGCUGGCCUCUACUUCUGCAUCUGUGUGGACGUCAACGACAACAACCUGGCCUACCUCGAGGCCAUCCACAACUUCGUAGAAGUGUUAAAUGAAUAUUUCCACAAUGUCUGUGAACUGGACCUGGUGUUCAACUUCUACAAGGUUUACACAGUGGUAGAUGAGAUGUUCCUGGCAGGUGAAAUCCGAGAGACCAGCCAGACGAAGGUGCUGAAGCAGCUGCUGAUGCUGCAGUCCCUGGAGUGAGGUGGCCUCCGCCCAGCCUGGCCUGCUGGACCAACCUGCCUGCUCACCCCUGCCAGGCCCAAGGUGCACCCAGCAGCCCCCUCCCUUCCUCAGCUGCCCUGGAGGAAGGACCCAGUAGGGUCUAGGCCGCAUGGGAGGAGGUUGAAACCCACUGCCUCUGGGCCCUACUUUGACGGCAGAGGCCACCUUGAUGUCCUGAGUAACUGUGCUAUUGUCGUGUGAUGCUGUGAGUGUGUGUGUGUGCACCCCCAAUAAACCUAUGGUCCUCCCUGG